AUGUGGGUGUUGUGGUGCUUUUUUUGGUUUCCCAUCUUACAUACUGGACAUCCUAGCCCUGCAGUUAUUAUGCGAGUGUCUCAGAAAUGGUUAGAUUAUGGUGAGUUUCAAUACACAAAUACAUCUAAUGUUAGUCUAUUUUAAUGGAGCAAUAGCAAAUGUAAGUGUUUUUCGUUGGGCAAAUUAUUUUCAUUUUUGUAUUCACAGUUCAGUCUGAAGGAAAAGAGGUUCUCCGCAACAUGCUCCUGAAAGAACCUCUUCCAAACAUUACUGGCUCUACACAAAUGUUUGGUAAAGUUAAUUACACAAUCACAGGGUGAGCAACUAUAUGUCAAAAUGCAGCUAUGGGUGUUACUUCUUAGAACGAAAGAUAAAUGCCAAUUUAUCAUACUUUAUCUUCUCUAGGGUACUCAUUGAGGAGUUUGACAUCUCUCACAUCAAUUCUGCCCCAAUUCCACCAGCUGAUGUCCAAGUUAUUGUUGAAGAUGCCAAAGCCAAGGUUUAUGGGCAGUGGAAAGUAAAACACUGGCUUAUGUAA